CAGACACGCCCCUGAGUGCCAGCUGGGCGGGCGCGCGCGGUGGGAAGGCGCUAUCGUUGCAGUAUGGCGGACGAUGGGGACGGUAGGAGUGCAGCGGCGGACACUAGCGGCGGGCAGGGGACGACGGAGGAGUUGGAUCCGGGGACCGGUCUCGGUAUAAGCGGCAUGCUGCUCGAUCUCAGCAUUUUAGUGCUUUUGCUGGCCGCGUGUUACGUGGUUUACGCGCGGUGGUGGAGGAGGGCGGGUGCGGACGCGGGCCGGGGCAGCGAGGCCUCGCCGCUGCCCAAGAUGAGGAGACGCGACUUCACCCUGCAGCAGCUGCGCGAGUACGACGGUGUGCAGAACCCGCGCAUCCUCAUGGCAGUCAAUACCAAGGUCUUCGACGUGACCAGCGGCAAAAAGUUUUACGGACGCGAGGGCCCCUACGGGAUCUUUGCGGGACGUGAUGCUUCUCGGGGUUUGGCAACAUUCUGCCUGGAGAAGGAUGCAUUGCGAGAUGAGUACGAUGAUCUUUCAGACCUGAAUGCGGUACAGAUGGAAAGUGUUCGAGAAUGGGAGAUGCAGUUCAUGGAGAAAUAUGACUACGUUGGCCGUUUGUUGAAGCCGGGAGAUGAGCCGUCUGAGUACACAGAUGAAGAGGACACGAAGGAUCAUCAAAAACACGAAUGAUCUGCUGAUACAUCACAGCAGCUGAAGCCCAGGACUGAGAAGGCCACCAUCCAGAAUAGUUAACCCCAGCAAGAAAACCCCCUCAGAUCUGCCCUUUACCUUGGUUGUACCGUGUCCCCACUACUGCUCCACCACAGAGAUAAACGCGUCUGUCUAAAAGCCCCCUGCUGUUCUGACUGUUCUUCUACCAAAACAGACCAAUAGCCUGUCAGAGUUUCCUGUACUCUUCUUGUCUGUUCUUGAUACCUUCUCCUUAAUCCAGCUCCUUGCCCCCUCAAUCUUCCUGUCCUACCUAAGCACUCAAUUUAUACCAUCAAACACUAUUUUAUACCAUAAACCACCAGUCCUGCACCCUAAAUCAUCAGUCAUACAGUCUAAACCCUAAACCCUACAGUCCAAUGGAAAGUGAAACGCACUUUAUAGCAUCCUGCACAUUUGCGUGUUCAGACUUGGACUGACAAUGUGAAGAGAUAAA